AUGGCCGCCUCCGUCGAUUCCAUCAAUUCUCAUCACCUCCCACCGCUUCUAUCACCAUCCUCGACUCCUCCUCCAUCAUGCGCCGACACAACAAACGACAAACUCCCCACGAUUCCCUCUGACGAAGACCACUCUUCUGAAGAAGGCUCCCACAGAAGUAGUAGUGUGCGUCGCGUAGAAUCCAACUCUUCUAUUUCCGAACCAGCGGUCGAAGAUGACGAGGAACAAGAACAAGAGCCUGUGGAGGAGAGUUUAGACAAAGAGAAAGACCAGGAUGAUAACACUGCUGUACCCUCUGGCAGGGCCAGCCGUAGCAGUACGAUAAGCAAUACCACGAACCCUAAUGUUAGACGUCUCUCCGCGACUGAGAUGCAGCGCCUCACAAACUCUCCUGAGUCGUUACCUGUGGCUCCCGCGCCAGAACGGAGGUCAAUUGAUCAAGAAUCCACAACCCACCUUCUCGAUCAGCGCGAAGCUAUACGUCAGCAUGCGAUGCGCCUUGAUGAUGCGGCUCCCCCAGCGCAGCAAAAUGGUGUCGCUGUAGAAGCUCGCACAGGUCCAGCUUCUGCCCUACGGACUGCGAGAGAUAUUCAGAUGAAUAUUCACCGACGGCCAUCGCCUGGAGCGAGAACUCUCUCUACACCUCCUACAAGCCGUGUAUUAGCAAGCGAUUCGAGUGGGACGUCUUCGCCGAGACGAUACUCUUCUUUCAACUCAACUGGACGACCUACAUCUCUACAUCUCAACCUUGACGGUGCAGGUGGAACAUCUCCUGUUCUCAGCGCCCGGUCAACACCUGCAACAGCCAUACCUCUCCAAACAGACUCUUCAGGCCUUCGACCACCAUCACCGAUUCCACCCAUCAUUCCUCUACCGCCCAUGUCGUUACCUACACAUCUACAGCUGGAGUUGGCAGCGCAAAGACCUAGUCCAUUGUACAUCCACCAGUCCCACGCUUACGAUAUCCCCUAUGAAUCCAAUGCUGUCAAAUUCGAGCGUCUUAAGAACGUGAUUCUUUUACCGCCCCAUCUCGAACUUACGCUCAAUUUUGGGGCCCUAGCAUGUCUCGAUGCUUGGCUUUACAAUUUCACCAUCCUUCCUAUGCGCUUUAUCCAAGCUGUCAGUAUGCUAGUUCGUUGGUGGGGCUAUGUGAUCCUUAAAGAAGUUCGAUGGCUCCUCGGCUUCGUGUGGUAUGGCCUUGGACGCCUUUGGCGACGAGGUAGGACCUCGCGAGCUGAUGAGACCUCUGAUGAAGGAAGAUCACGCAGUGAGAGCCGUCCUCGAGGCCGCUCAAACGAUGAAAACGGGAUUCCCGAUUUCAAGGCAAACGGAAACGGGAAUGGAAACGGGCACUUCAAGCCUUUACAGUCUCGAUCACAACCGAAGUCUGGAGCAUUUCGUCAUAGGAGGACGAAAUCCAUGCCUUCAAAUCUCUCGGCCUUUCACAAAGCUGAUCUUCUCCAAGGUGCUGUCAUAAUAUGCAGUUCCAUGGCCCUGAUGACUCUCGACGCAAGCCGUAUGUACCACUUCAUUCGAGCUCAGUCCGCCAUCAAACUCUACGUCAUAUACAAUAUUCUUGAAGUCGGUGAUCGUCUACUUUCAGCUCUGGGACAGGACAUUCUGGAGUGUCUCUUCAGCACGGAAACGCUCUCACGUAAUGCGUCUGGUCGUUCCAAGGUCCUUCUCCCGCUGGGCAUGUUUAUGCUUGCUCUAGUAUACUGCUGUCUUCACUCUAUCGCGCUUUACUACCAAGUCAUCACUCUUAAUGUUGCCGUCAACUCUUACUCCAACGCCCUGUUGACCCUUCUUCUCUCCAACCAAUUUGUUGAGAUCAAGUCCACUGUCUUCAAGCGUUUCGAGAAAGACAACCUCUUCCAGCUUACAUGCGCUGACAUCGUUGAGCGUUUCCAGCUUUGGAUCAUGCUCUUCAUCAUCGGGAUGCGUAACGUCGUCGAGGUUGGCGGCCUCAGCGUCCCCGGUGCAGGCUCGGAGUCAUAUGAUGAGACAUCUGUACCCCAUCAUAGCCCUUCUAUCCUGCCACACAGUUUUACUGUACUACCCUCGUGGCUCAUGUCAGGCGAAGUUCUCUCUCCUUUCUUCAUUGUCAUUGGUAGUGAGAUGCUUGUCGAUACUAUUAAACACGCCUAUGUGACGAAGUUUAACAACAUCAAGCCAGCUUUCUAUAGCCGUAUUCUUGACAUCUUGUGUAAAGACUACUACACCAAUGCUUUCAUGACUCCUUCUCUGACCAAGCGUCUCGGUCUCGCUGUCAUACCCCUAUCUUGCCUCUUUAUCCGCGCCUCCAUCCAAACCUACCAUAUGCUUCUGUCCACACAUCUCCCUAUGCCAAUGCCAAUGCCCAUCCCCCAAUCAACACAAACAUCCCUCUCCGAAGAAUCAGCCACACCCUCAUCACCCGCUAUGAUAGCCGCCCUCAACCGCUUCGACUCUCUUAUCCGUGACUCGCUCGGCCGCGCAACAUACGGCUACCCCUACGGCUCACCCCUCAACUCUCGGCCCUGGUACUCCUGGACAUCCGACGACUUCAUCGCCGCUGUAACCAUGGUCGUAGUCUUCUUCAUCGCCUUCCUCGUUCUCCUCAUUCUCAAACUCCUUUUGGGCAUGGUCCUUCUCAAAUACUCCCGCAACAGAUACGCGAAGAUGAAACGUGCAGAACAUCAGGGCCGUGCUCCUGAAUCUUUUGAUACACCCGGUGGACGAAGAGUCGGUGGUUUUGGUCAGGUUGAGGUUGGAGAGGAGAGACAGCGAUGGAUUCAUGCUGAUAGGAACGAGGGAUUGAAGGGUGGUAAAGGACCGGGGAAGAGGGUUGAGAAGACAGAAAAGAAGAAGGAUGAUUUUGAGAAGGUGAUGAGGUAUGAGAUGGUUGCCAAGAGGAUUUGGUGA